AAAAUGUCCGCGUUUGUACUAAACCAUCAAAGUACAACUCUAUGUAAUGUAAAUGCAGAAAAAGAAUGGAUCUUUGAGAGACUUUGAUCCAAGUUUGAAGAAUGUCAAGGAUAUUCAAUUCGAAGAUACGGAAUUUAUUACAUAUAGAUGAUAGUCAGUUAAGAUGUAUUUGGAAUGGUUACAGAUUUUGGCACAGUAAACAUGAAUUUCAUAAAAACAAAGAACUUCCAAACAAUAAUACAAACACAACGAGGAACCGGCUUUUUGUCUUUUCUGGGGUGAUUGGAGCAUUAGGAUUUUAUAUAUUUUUUGAACAUAAACGAAAGAAUUUCAAAUGGAUAAAUGAAGAAAUACAAAAAUUUAGAAACAAUGUAAAUUUAUUUGGAGUGGUAAACGCUGCUGUUCCUGUAGGAAAUGUUUUAGCUGGACGAAGAGAGCAAUUUAAUUUUAUUGCAGAUGUUGCUGAAAAGGUUUCUCCUACUGUUGUAUAUAUUGAAAUUAAAGAUACUAGACGUUUUGACUUUUUCACAGGAAAACCAAUGACCGCAUCAAAUGGAUCAGGAUUUAUUGUCAAAGAAGAUGGGUUAAUUUUAACAAAUGCUCAUGUGGUUAUUAAUAAACCACAUUCUCGAGUUGAUGUACGAUUAAAAGAUGGUCGUGAAUUUACAGGAGUUGUUGAAACUGUGGACACUGUUAGUGAUUUGGCAACAGUUCGAAUUCCAGUAAAAGGAUUAACAGCGUUAAAAUUGGGAUCUUCAUCAAAGUUAAGACCUGGAGAAUUUGUCGUAGCUCUUGGUUCACCCUUAACACUUAGUAAUUCCGUAACAGCUGGAGUUGUAAGCUCCACUCAACGUGGCUCGGAUGAAUUAGGAUUACAUAACAAAAUGACGUACAUUCAAACGGAUGCAGCUAUUACUUUCGGAAAUUCGGGUGGUCCAUUAGUAAAUCUUGAAGGAGAAGCUAUUGGUAUUAACAGCAUGAAAGUGACUGCGGGUAUAUCUUUUGCUAUUCCUAGUGAUUAUGCUAAAGCAUUUUUAGCACGCACACCUGCAACAAAACCCCCAGAUCUUGCUAAAGGUCGUAGAUAUAUGGGUAUUACAAUGUUAACAUUAUCACCGGACAUUAUUAUGGAACUACGUCAACGGAAACAACCAGUUCCAGAGGAUGUUAAUCACGGAGUAUUAGUCUGGAAAGUAAUACUUGGAUCACCUGCACAUUCAGGAGGUCUUCAACCGGGAGACAUAGUAACUCAUGUAAAUGGUAAACCAAUUCUUGCUGCCGCUGAUAUUUAUGCAGCUUUGGGUGAUGAACACUUAAAAGCUUUAGACAUGACAAUAAUUCGCACAGAUGGUAGAAGAUUAAAUGUUACUAUUACACCAGAGUAAAAUGUAUUUCUCCUAUUCAUAUGGUGGUUAUUUCGUUAAUAAAAUUAAAAAUUUCUUUUUGGUUAU